UAAUGGCAACUGUUCGAAAUAAAAACGCAACCAAGUGCCCCAAUCGCGUUAUUCUGCACUCCUGGAGCAGCUGGUUGACUUGGAAGACAGUAUCGUCAGCGCAGUUGGAGACAUGAAAACUUUCAUCGUUGUCUGUCUUCUUUCGGCAGCCACUUUGGCAAGUGCACGAAGUGAUCGCCGUCUCGAAAGCAAUGUGGGAGCCAUAGGUGGACUCGGUGGUGAGCUGCGCGCCGGCGUCGACAAAAUUGGUCCCCAUGGAGCCCCGGGUUACACCGCCAGCAUUGGAACGAACGUUGGCGCAAGGCUAGGUGGUGGAGCCAGUUUGGGAGUAGGCAGCGGCUACAACGGUGAUGGCUUCUACUUUGGCGGAGGAGGCGCAGGUUAUCCUGGAGCCCACGCACCUUCAUGGGAUGGCGCUUACGGAGCUUGGCCAAACGGCGGAUAUUGGCCUCAGGGAGCGCCCUACGGCGGUCGACACUAUGGCGUCAACCAGCACGGCCAGUACGGUCCGUACGGUGCGUACGGUCCGUACGGCGGACAUGGCCAAUACGGCCAAUACUCUCCGUACGGUGGCUAUGCCACUUAUGGAUAUCCUGUGGGAUAUGGCGCCCCUCGCGGCUGGGGCACCCACUCGUUCGGCGCAGCACCCGAAGCCGCUGUACCAAGGUCUUUCGGCGCCUCUGGUGCCGGACCGUCCAGUGCCUCUAGCAGCUCAUCCGGUGCUGCACCCGCUGGUUCAUCGUAAAGCGCAGCCACCAAGAUGACGGCGCUGCAUCAAAAUUUUAUCCUGAGCACCCACAAAUUCUGCAAGAGAUCGAAGACUAUGGAGAAACAACACCGAAAAUUCACUGGAGUCAUUUACGGCUAUAGAUUUACAGUCCGGCCUAUCUGGUUGAGAAUGCUCUCUGAAAGCUAAUUGCAAUGAAUACCUACUAUGAAGCAAAUAAAUAAAGACAUUACACCUGUUUUA